GCAAGCAGACGUUUGGUCGACAUUGGCUGGGCGAACUAGCAUCGACUGGUCGCGUGUUUUUGCUGCUGGUCAGCAUCAUAGCCCUGUGUUCUUGGUCGAUGAGCGCUAUGGAUGGGAUUGUCAGGAGGAGAGCAACUCCUUCCUCAUCCGUGACACACUAAUCAAGAAUUUGCAUCGACGCAGCGCUGGCUUUCCUGAAUCAAACCUGAUUCUGCCCAACACCAGCCUCGAUUCGGCGCAGGCAUGUGCCGAGGACUAUCAAAGCCGGCUUUGCGACAUGCUGGAGAAGGAGCAUGGCCCACACCUGGUCACUAUCGGCUUAGGCUCCGACGGACACAUUGCCAGCGUUUUCCCUGAGUGGUACAAGGCGGUUCCAGACCGCUGGAGCAUGGCGACGCAGAAGAAGCGCUCUGUCCUGGUCACAGAGACGUCAGAGUUUGAGGUGCGGACGAGGAUCUGCGUGAAUCUGCGCGUGAUCCGAGAGGCCAGCAAUAUUCUCGUGACUCUGCAAGAGGGGUCUGAAGAGGCGUGGACAAACGUGAAGCGUUCCUUCGAUGAGGAACGCUUCGGUGAAAAGCGAUUUGCAAAGCGAGCAAAGGUGGUGGAGCCAACAGGAGUCGUUGUCUCCACGGAUGGCUUUCUCAUGGUGCAUGCCAAAGGCCGCAAGCCCAAGCCAGCUCCCAAACCGCCGGACUCCCCGUUGCACUACGUUUUGAGGUACAGCAAUAUUUCUGCCAUGCAGCUGGCUGUGGACAGGGAGAGCCAUUAUUCGUUUGUAGUCAUGGGAGCGGCAGGAGAUCUGGCAAAGAAGAAGCACCUUGACUCACUUGCAUCGCCAUGCAUCGUUUGA